AUGGCAGCCGUCGCGCCGCGCAAAUGCAUUGGCCUCGAGUGCGCCAACGAUGCGGGAACCUUACAGUGUCCGACCUGCUUGAAGAUGGGCACCGAUAGCUUCUUCUGCUCACAAGACUGCUUCAAGCGUAGUUGGGCCUCGCACAAGACAGCCCACAAAACCAAGAGUAAUAUCCUCAGCAAUUUGUUCCCUCCCAAGGUCGUUUCUGAACCAGAUCCAGCUACCGGUCAAUACAAUCCCUUCCCGACGUUUCCUUUUACCGGCUCCCUUCGGCCAGUGUAUCCCCUUUCACCACGCCGAGCCGUUCCAGAGUCCAUUACGCACCCCGAUUAUGCCGGAGAUGGUAUUCCACGAUCCGAGCAGAAGUUUGUCGGUCGACAUAAUAUUACGAUUUUGAAUAAGGAAGAGCAAGAAGGCAUGAGGAAAGUGUGCCGUUUGGCUAGAGAAGUGUUGGAUAUUGCUGCAGCAGAAAUCAAGCCGGGCGUUACAACGGAUUACAUUGAUGAGGUCGUCCACAAGGCAUGCCUUGAACGUGAUUCAUACCCCUCCCCCCUCAACUACGUACAUUUCCCGAAAUCCGUCUGCACUUCAGUAAACGAAACCAUCUGUCACGGUAUCCCCGAUCAGCGACCGCUACAGGACGGCGAUAUUGUAAACAUUGACGUGACUCUGUACCACGGCGGAUUCCACGGUGAUUUGAAUGAAACCUACUACGUCGGCGAUAAGGCAAAAGCGAACCCAGAUGCCGUCAGAGUGGUGGAAACAGCCCGAGAAUGUCUGGAGCAGUCGAUUGAGCUUGUCAAGCCUGGCAUGCUAUUCCGAGACCCUGGGAAUGUCAUUGAGAAACACGCCAAGGCGCGCAACUGCAGUGUUGUAAAGAGCUACUGUGGCCAUGGGAUCAACCAACUCUUCCACUGCGCACCGAAUAUUCCUCACUACGCCAAGAACAAGACGGUCGGAGCUGCCAAACCCGGAAUGUGUUUUACCAUUGAGCCCAUGAUUAACAUUGGCACACACAAGGAUAAGACCUGGCCGGAUGACUGGACCAGUGUUACGGCGGAUGGCUCUUUGUCUGCGCAGUUUGAACACACCCUUCUUGUGACUGAGGACGGCGUCGAAGUCUUGACGGCACGUUUCCCGGACUCCCCCGGUGGUCCUGUUCCAAUGCCGGAGGCUGCUCAGGCAGCAUGA